CUCAGCGGAAGUAAACAACAGAGGCUGCGCCGUCGUUGCGCAGCUAAUUAUACAAUUUGCAAUUCAGUAACAAUGUCGUCACUUCAGUAUGUGAGAGAGUUUGUCAACGAGCGGCUGACUGCUGCAGCUGAAGAAAUAUUCGGAGUUUUUGUCAAAACUAUCGUCGAGUACCAGGAAGAGAUCGACCGUCAGCGCAGACUGCUGGACAUCGUUUGGAAACCUGCAAUUAAGUUACACAGGAUAGAGCUCCCAGAGCAACAUGUCUGUAAGGAGGAGGAGGAGGUUCUCUGUGAGCAGCAGCUCUGUAUUGAGGAGAGGCGCUCCAGUCUGGACCAAGAGGACUCAGAGCCUCCACAGAUUAAAGAGGAGCAGGAGGAACUCUGCACCAGUCAUGAGGGAGAGCAGCUUGAGCUGAAGCAGGAGACUGAGACCUUCAUGUUGACUCCUACUUGUGAGGAAACAGACCACAGUGAAGAUGAGACUCUGAACUUGUGUACUGAUGAAACUCAGAUGGUGGUACAGGAAACACCUCUAGGCUACAUUUCAGUUGAGAGUGCUGCAGUACCAGAACCAAACAAGGAUCAUGAAGAUGAAAGCCAAGAUCAGAAAGGAGGCAAACAUGGAGACUCUGAAUCAACAGACAAUGCAGAGCCUAAACUAAAGACAGUACAUCACAAAAGUAGCAAUGAAAACAACCCCACUAUGUCAACAAUUCACUCUGAUACAAGCACAGGCCAAGAGUUUUUGCAAUGUGACACAUGUGGAAAACAUUUUAAGUAUAGGUCAACACUGGAGAGACACCUGAGAAUCCAUACAGGUGAGAAGCCAUAUUUAUGUAACACUUGUGGGAAAAGAUUUAGUAGGUCAUCAACAUUGAACACUCACAUGAGAACACACACAGGUGAGAGACCGUAUUCUUGCAUCACCUGUGGGAAGAUAUACAGUCAGAUGUCGACAUUGAACGCUCAUAUAAAAAUACACUCUGGUGAGAAACCUUAUUCUUGCAUCACCUGUGGGAAAGCAUUCAGUCGGACAUCACGGUUGAGUUCUCAUUUACGAAUCCAUACAGGUGAGAAACCGUAUUCUUGCAAAAUCUGUGGGAAAAAAUUCAAUCAGAAAUCAAUAUUGAACACUCAUAUAAGAAUACAUACAGGUGAGAAACCCUAUUCUUGCAACACCUGUGGGAAAAGAUUCAGUUGGACAAAACUAUUGAAGGCUCAUUCAAGAGUCCACACAGGUGAGAAACCCUAUUCUUGCAAAACAUGCGGGAAAAGAUUUAGUUGGACGUCACAAUUGAAGGCUCACAAAAGAGUCCAUGCCGAGAAGUCAUAACAGCAACGUCUGUGGGAGAAAUAUUUUGGGAAUUUUGGAAUUUGAAAGGCAUAAAAGAAAGUGGUCCAUUUAACAAGCGAAGAGCCACAUCAAUGUAGUACAUGUGGGAAAUAAAUAUCAUACGUGAUAAAACAAUCAGCCUACUAUCACCUGAAGAAUAUAUCAAGGGUUAGAGGACUUAUGUCUCAACAGGAUUUUGAGAAACGUGUCCAUGCAUUUAUCUUCAGUAGACUCGACUACUGUACCGGUGUGUUCACAGGUCUCUGUAAAAAGUCAAUCAGAAACUGCAGCUCGAGUCCUCACUAAGACCAGGAAAGUGGAUCACAUCACUCCAGUUCUGAGGUCUUUGCACUGGCUUCCUGUCCAACAAAGAAUUUACUUUAAAAUCCUGCUGCUGGUUUAUCAAGCACUGAAUGGUUUAGGGCUUACAUACAUUUGUGAUCUGCUGCUACCUUAUGCUACCGUAUGGAACAAGGUCCAUGAAAGCUGCAGGUCUGCUGAGAGCCUCCGCUCCUUUAAAUCCAGAAUGAAGACUUUUCUGUUUACUGUUGCCUUUAAUUGAACCCAAUUCAAGGAUAUCAAUCUCACUACAACACUUUGAUUUUUUAAUGUUUUUAAAUCUUGUUUUCUUUUGGAUUUUUUUUUUUUAAUGGUUAUGUGAAGGACUUUGAAUUGCCUUGUUGUUGAAAUGUGCUAUACAAAUACACUUGCAUUGCCUAAACAGGACACAACAUCGACCCCUCUGGAGUGUUCUCUUACUAAAAUGAAUACAUCUUUAUAAUUGUACGUGAAGCAUCUGUUAAAUUAAGUAGUUUUUUUCCCCUGCGUGGUAUAUAACUCAUAUUGCUGUUGGCAACAGUAUACCAUUUUGUGAUUGGUCCAGUUUGAUAUGAGGUGACUUUAGUGGAAAAUCUAAAAAUGAAUACAUAUGCAUGUCGUCAUAUAAGUUCAUAUGAUAAUAUUAGUCUGUUUUGUAUAUUGAAAGGUGUACGUCGGUCACACUCUGCAUAUUUUAUGUGAGGAGGCUCUGGCUGUCGAGGCAUUACGAUAAUAUGACCACCUUUUAGAUAUUUCUGACUCCCAAAAAUAUGUUUUGCUCCAUCCCAGACAGUGUGAUUAUAUUCUGUAUGAUGUGAGAUAUACAGUAUAAAGCUGUAUGAAUUUAUUGUUACUUUACGUUUCUGGUAUGGCUGUGUCUAUCUAUGCAUGCUGUACCAAUAUCUUCUCUGGCAAUAUUUGUGUUGAAAUAAAUGUAUAUACUCAAGU